ACUAAACAUGUUAAGACUCCCGGCCAUUUUGGUUACAAAAAUGAAAGCAACAACUAAACUACUAAUGUUCACAUAAGUCAUUAAUCGUGCAAGAUAAGUUUAGCAUCUUUCUUAAAUGUCAUUAUCUCUAGUCAACUCCAAGUCUUUCCUGUGUGUGUUGCAAUAGAAAAGUCUCAUCUUUUAGUACUAUAUAUCAUAAGGUGAUUAUAGGAAUAUUGAGGAUAAAACUGCAUAAAGUAACACAAUAUAUAUCCAUAGAUUUGUCAAAAAUGAAGUUGGGAUUGAUAAUUAGUUCCUUUUUUUAUUUUGUGAUGAUAAUAGUGUUAAUGCAAAAUGAAGAUGGAUCAUGUAACGGAUGUUUAGAGAGUGAGAGAAUAGGCCUUCUAGAUAUCAAACACUACUUCUUCUCACAUAAAGAUCUUUACAAUAAAUUGGGUUCAUGGGUUGAUGAUAGAGGUAGCAAUUGUUGUACUUGGGAUAGAGUCACGUGCUCUAACACCUCUUCUGGACACAUAACUCAACUAUCCCUCCAAAAGUUACUCUCAGAUCCUAUGAUAAUGAAUGUUUCUCUGUUUCGUCCAUUUGAAGAAUUACGCCUCCUCGAUUUGUCCGAUAAUUAUAUUCAAGGCUGUACUGACGGUGAAGGAUUUUCAAGAUCAAAGGAAUUGGAGAUCUUAGACCUUUCAGGAAAUCAGCUAAACUGCAGCAUCAUAACAAGUUUGCGUGGAUUCAUGGCAUUAAGGAGGUUGACGCUGAGUAGUAACAUCUUGAAUUGUUCUCUCUCUGCAUUAGAUUUCACCAAAUUUAGUCAGCUGGAAUUAUUGGACUUGGCCUAUAAUUACCUUACUGGUUCUCUACAUAUUGAAGGACUAUGCCAAUUGAAGGAUUUGCAAGUGCUAGAUAUCAAAAAUAACAUGUUCAGUGACCAACUUCCUGAGUGUUUAAGCAAUUUAACAAACCUCAGAGCUCUUGAUGUUAGUAGUAAUUUGUUCAGUGGUCGUUUUCCAUCUUUCACUACCAAUCUCACAUCCUUGGCUUACUUAGCUCUUGAUGGAAAUUACAUGAAUGGAUCAUUUUCAUUGAACACUUUGGCUAAUCACACCAAUCUUGAGGCUCUACAUAUUUCAUCACACAACAUUGGAGCACACAUUGAAACUGAAAAUACAAAGUGGUUUCCUAAAUUUCAAUUGAAGUCACUCAUUCUUAGAAAUUGCAACCUAAACAUGGACAAAGGAAGUGUCAUUCCUACUUUUCUUUCAUAUCAAUAUAAUUUGAUACAGAUGGACCUCUCUAGAAACAAACUAGUUGGCUCAUUCCCAAGUUGGUUGAUACGUAAUCAUCACAUAGAAUAUUUGAAUAUAUCAAACAACAAUUUAAGUGGUUUUCUUCCAAGAGAUAUUGGUAUAUUCCUUCCUAAUGUUACCAUUUUGGACAUUUCAUGGAAUAGCUUUGAAGGAAAUAUACCAUCAUCAAUUGGUAAAAUGAAAGAACUUGGGUACUUGGACUUCUCUCAUAAUAAUUUCUCUGGUGAGUUACCUAAACAAAUGGCCACAGAUUGGAAUAACUUACAAUUCUUGUUUCUCUCUAACAACUUUCUAAGUGGGAAUAUUCCUAAAUUUUGUAAUUCAACGUAUCUGAUAAUUUUGUUUCUCGAUAAUAACAACUUUAGCGGUACACUUGAAGAUGUAUUGGGAUGCAUUAAUACAAGAUUAGUAGUGUUAUCCAUAUCCAAUAAUUCAAUCUCAGGCACAAUUCCUAGUUCAAUUGGGAUGUUUUAUGAUAUGCAAGCCGUUCUUAUGGCUGAAAAUCUAUUAGAAGGUGAGAUCCCUAUUGAGAUUUCCAACAUGACAAAUCUUGAAAUUAUGGAUCUUUCUCAAAACAAGUUAAUUGGAUCAAUACCAUAUUUCAGUAAUACAAAAUCUCUAAGAUUCUUGUAUUUAGGAAAGAAUAAACUCUCUGGAUCCAUACCAUUUGAUUCGAUUGGAAGCUCGCAGCUGAAACUUCUAGACUUGACGGACAAUAAAUUUUCAGGUAAAAUUCCAAACUGGAUGGGUAAUCUCUCAGAGUUACGUGUUCUUUUACUUGGAGGGAACAAAUUGGAAGGAGGUAUUCCAACACAAUUGUGUCUUUUAAAAAAUAUCAACAUGAUGGACUUAUCACGGAACAUGCUCAAUUCUUCUAUACCAUCUUGCUUACAAAAUAUGCCAUUUGGACAAUAUGAUGUUGAUGGUUAUCAUCCUAUUUUUGAAAUCAUGGUGGAUGUCAUGUCAUUUAUUCCGUAUCGGUUCAAUUCAAGUCUAAUGUCUUUUAUUCCUGAUCUAUGGCAUGACAACUUGCUACACUUGGAAGCAGAGUUCAGAACAAAACACAUCAAUUACAAUUACAAAGGUAAAGUUGUAGAGAACAUGACUGGAUUGGAUUUAUCAUGCAACAAUCUAACAGGUAUCAUCCCUUCUCAAAUUGGAAACUUGCAAAAACUCAUAGCCUUGAACCUAUCUCAUAAUUACUUGUCAGGCCCUAUUCCUAUCACUUUUUCCAAUCUCACUCAGAUAGAGAGUCUUGAUUUAUCCUACAAUAAAUUGAGUGGUGAAAUACCUUCUCAACUAACUCAAUUGAACUUUUUAUCAACCUUCAAUCUAUCAUACAACAACCUUUCUGGAACACCACCUAGUACUGGACAAUUUCAAGACUUUGAUGAGGAUAACUACAGAGGUAAUCCCGGUCUUUGUGGACCACUCCUUAAUCGGAAGUGUAAAGGUAUUGCGUCUUCACCUUCAUCACAAUCCAAUGGCACUGGAGAAAAGGAAACCAAAGUGGACAUGACAUCAUUUUAUUGGAGUUUCAUAGCAUCUUAUAUAACAAUACUAUUGGCCUUCAUAACAAUGUUGUGCUUCAAUGCGCGUUGGCGCAAGGCCUGGUUUUACUAUAUCAGUAAGGUUAUGCGUACAUGUUUUCCAACUUUUCCUCUUUAUUGGUGAAUUUCCUUAGUCCCUAUUGAAACUUUAUGUGGAGUCUCAAAUAUUUGGAUAUUGUAAUUUAUCGUUGCACUGAUUUUGUCAUUUUGAUUUUGAGACAUUUGAUUUGAAGUUUUUUUUUGUUCUUGUUUGUGUGAUGUAAUAAUCUAAAGUUGUUUGAAGCUAUUGUUAUA